AUGGAUGAGAUGAAGAUAAAACGUUUCAAAACUUUAUCACUCGCCGUGAAAAACAAUUUUACAUUGUUACCAAAUGAACUUCUUCUGAAUAUAUUCGAAUAUCUUUCAUCAUGGGAUCUUGUUCGUGCAUUUGAUCAACAUUCUUUACAAUUUGGUCCACCUGUAACAUAUUGUCUUGUUAAACGAGGAAUGGAUUUGUCAAAUAUUCAAUCCUCUGAUGUUCAUUUACUUCCAUCGUGUUUAUCAUUUAUCAAAAAACAAUAUUUAAAUAUUUGUGUUAAUGAACAACGACUUUGUCUUUUAUUAACUUAUGUUCCAAUGCCAAGAACUCUUAUUUGUUUCCUCGAUAUGUCAUUAGAAAAAUCUUUCUUUUUUCAAAUGUUACCAGCAUCACUUUCAUGUCAAAAAUUAAUUCUUCAAUGUAAAUCCACUUGCCAACGAUGCAUAAAUAUUGAUGAAAUUUUAUUAUUAUUAUCAACAUCUGUUCAAACACUUUUUCUCGUUGAUAUCCUUUGUAUUGUUAAUCAACAAAGAUUAUCACAAAUUUCUUGUAUUUUUUCUAUUCAACAUCUUCAAUGUACAUUAGAAACUGAAGAUGAUCUUUGUGAAAUAUUGAAAUUAAUACCUUCGAUAAUCUUUAUUGAUAUCAAAUUAUUAUUCGAUAAAUCAUCUCAAUCUUAUGAAAGAUUAUCAUUACCACGAAAUUAUCGAAUUGAAUAUCCUCGUGAAAGUUUAAUUAAUUUAAAUCGAUUUCCUUCUUAUACAAAGAUGUACGAUCAAACACUUUAUUCUCUUCCUUGGUUUUCGAAUAAUUCUUCAUUAACUCUUCAUUCAUGUCGAGCAAUAAAUUAUCAAGAAAGUUUUUCCAAUUCCUUACCUAUGAUUCAUCAAUUAACUAUCCAAUGUUCAUUUGAACCCUGGUUAUUGGAUUUCGUCAUAUUUCUUCGUCAAACAUUUCCAAAUCUACAAACUCUUCGUACAAUUCAAAGUAGUGAUAACAGACGUCGCAUAGUGACAAUUAUCACAACUACAGAUAGAAAAUUAGGACGAUGCACUAUGUAUUAA